AGUCGGCGAUGUUUUCUUACAUCACUAAAACUUUUGCAAGAUGGAGCCUCUUUUGCUUGGUUUUAACAAAUCAGUAGCAGCACGUGUAUAAAAAGUGCCAAAUAAUUUUCAGAAAAUGGAUGACCGAAGUGAAAUAGCUCAGGAUGGUCCCGCCGGCAUGGACCCCGAGGGAGUCAUCGAGUCCACCUGGCACGAGGUGUACGACAACUUCGAUGACAUGAACUUGCGCGAGGAGCUGCUGCGCGGCAUCUAUGGCUACGGUUUCGAGAAGCCGUCGGCCAUCCAGCAGCGCGCCAUCAUUCCCUGUGUCAAGGGUCGCGACGUCAUUGCCCAGGCACAGUCGGGAACUGGCAAGACUGCCACCUUCUCGAUUGCUAUCCUUCAGCAGAUCGAUACGUCCAUUCGCGAGUGCCAGGCGCUGAUUCUGGCCCCAACUCGCGAGCUGGCCACGCAGAUCCAGCGCGUGGUGAUGGCGCUGGGCGAGUACAUGAAGGUGCACUCGCACGCCUGCAUUGGCGGCACCAAUGUGCGCGAGGACGCCCGCAUUCUGGAAUCUGGCUGCCAUGUGGUGGUGGGCACGCCCGGACGCGUCUACGACAUGAUCAACCGCAAGGUGUUGCGCACCCAGUAUAUCAAGCUGUUUGUGCUCGAUGAGGCCGAUGAGAUGUUGUCACGCGGUUUUAAGGACCAGAUCCAGGACGUGUUCAAGAUGCUGCCUCCAGACGUGCAGGUCAUCCUGCUGUCCGCCACCAUGCCGCCGGACGUGCUCGAAGUGAGCCGAUGCUUCAUGCGCGAGCCCGUCAGCAUCCUGGUGAAGAAGGAGGAGUUGACUCUCGAGGGUAUCAAGCAGUUCUACGUAAACGUGAAGCAGGAAAACUGGAAGCUGGGCACCCUAUGCGAUCUGUACGAUACGCUGUCUAUUACCCAGUCGGUUAUCUUCUGCAACACCCGUCGCAAGGUGGACCAGCUGACCCAGGAGAUGUCCAGCCACAACUUCACCGUCUCGGCCAUGCACGGCGACAUGGAGCAGCGAGAUCGCGAGGUCAUCAUGAAACAAUUCCGUUCGGGAUCCUCUCGUGUCCUGAUUACCACUGAUUUACUGGCGCGUGGUAUUGAUGUGCAGCAGGUCUCGUUGGUCAUCAACUAUGAUCUGCCCUCGAACCGCGAGAACUACAUUCAUAGAAUCGGUCGCGGUGGUCGUUUCGGUCGCAAGGGUGUUGCGAUCAACUUCAUUACAGAUGAUGAUCGACGAAUCCUUAAGGAUAUUGAACAAUUCUACCAUACAACAAUUGAGGAAAUGCCUGCUAAUAUUGCCGAUUUGAUUUAAAUAUUUUCUGCUGAGCCGCAAAACAACUAAGAAAGAAUUCUAAAUAAAAAGUGAGUGAGCAAAACAGCAACCAAAAAUUGCGAAAUCAAUAACCGAGCGCAAAUAUAAAUUAUUCAAAGAUCAUUAAAGAAUUAAAGUCAAGUUAAAUAAUUAUUCAACCAUUAAUUCAAAAAGGCAGCCGACCAUCAAACGACAAGGACUAGACGCGGACAGAGUACCAACAUCAUUAGCAGCGGCGCAGCAGCAACAUCAUCAGCAGCGGGGGCGGCAGCAACAACAUCUAGCAGCCGCAGGAGCUUACAAAAUUUCGCCGAAACGCCGGACAUCCUCUGUAUCCAUUUAGUUCUUCUCAGUGUAUCAUCAAUUUUAAAACUGCGUCGUCAACCAGCAACAACAAAUAUAUACAAAUAUAUAAAAAAAAAACAAUUGCGUCUAUCUAAAAUAAAGUACUAUUUAAAACGAGGCACGAAGCAAGCAACUAAACGCAAACACCAAAAUUAUCAAACAAAAUUUUGCCGCACCUUUGUUUUAGCUUUUUCUAGAACUAUUGAUAAAAAUAUACUAAAAACAAAAACACAAAUGUACACAUUAUGUUUAAAUAUACCACUCCUAAGAAACA